GUGAGGCAGGAUCAGAGAGCCUGGCACAGAAAGGGAGACCCAAAGAGAAGCGGGAGUCAGCUGGGCCAAGAGGGCGUGAAAGCUGGAGCCAGUCAAACAGUCCGGGAGGAAAAAAGGGCAAGAGGGAGAGACGCUAAGCCAGGCAGUGCCUGCUGUGGGGACCCAGGGAGGCGCUAGCGGGCAAACGAAGGUGGCCUUCGCUGUGAAGUCCAGUGGCCACUCCAGAGAAGCUCAAUACUGCUUGGUUGGCCCCGACUCCAGAAGGUCAGCUGGCUCCUGGAAAGGUGGAGGAGGGUGGGAGGGAGAGUGAACUCAGCCUGGGAUGCGGGCACGGUCCCGGACAGCCCCAUUCUGCCUUCACGCUAAUGAUGCUGGACCACACCAGAGCCCCUGAGCUCAACAUUGACCUAGACCUUCACGCCUCCAACUCGCCUAAGGGGUCCAUGAAGGGCAACCAAUUCAAGGAGCAAGACCCUUGUCCUCCUCAGCCCAUGCAAGGACUGGGGAAGGGGGACAAACGUGAAGAGCAGGGCCUGGGCCCGGAACCCUCAGCACCCCGGCAGCCCACCGAGGAGGAGGAGGCACUGAUUGAGUUCCACCGCUCCUACCGGGAGCUCUUCCAGUUCUUCUGCAACAACACCACCAUCCACGGGGCCAUCCGCCUGGUGUGCUCCAAACACAACCGCAUGAAGACGGCCUUCUGGGCGGUGCUGUGGCUGUGCACCUUCGGCAUGAUGUACUGGCAGUUCGCCUUGCUGUUCGAGGAGUACCUCAGCUACCCAGUGAGCCUCAACAUCAACCUCAAUUCAGACAAGCUGGUCUUCCCUGCCGUCACUGUCUGCACCCUUAAUCCUUACAGAUACACUGAAAUUAAAGAGGAGCUGGAAGAGCUGGACCGCAUCACGGAGCAGACGCUUUUUGACUUGUACAAAUACAACUCUUCCUACACUCGCCAGGCUGGGGCCCGACGCCGCAGCUCCCGCGACCUCCUGGGUGCUUUCCCGCACCCCCUGCAGCGCCUGCGCACUCCACCUCCGCCCUACUCCGGCCGCACGGCGCGCAGCGGGUCUUCCAGCGUACGCGACAACAAUCCCCAAGUGGACCGGAAGGACUGGAAGAUCGGCUUCCAACUGUGCAACCAGAACAAAUCAGACUGUUUCUACCAGACAUACUCCUCUGGGGUGGAUGCAGUGAGGGAGUGGUACCGCUUCCAUUACAUCAACAUUCUGUCCAGGCUGUCGGACACCUCGCCCGCUCUAGAGGAAGAAGCCCUGGGCAACUUCAUCUUCACCUGUCGCUUCAACCAGGCCCCCUGCAACCAGGCGAAUUAUUCCAAGUUCCACCACCCCAUGUACGGGAACUGCUACACUUUCAAUGACAAGAACAACUCCAAUCUCUGGAUGUCCUCCAUGCCUGGAGUCAACAAUGGUUUGUCCCUGACACUGCGCACAGAGCAGAAUGACUUCAUCCCCCUGCUGUCCACAGUGACGGGGGCCAGGGUGAUGGUGCAUGGUCAGGAUGAGCCUGCCUUUAUGGAUGAUGGUGGCUUCAACUUGAGGCCUGGCGUGGAGACCUCCAUCAGUAUGAGAAAGGAAGCCCUGGACAGCCUCGGAGGAAAUUACGGCGACUGUACUGAGAAUGGUAGCGAUGUCCCGGUCAAGAACCUUUACCCUUCCAAGUAUACACAGCAGGUGUGCAUUCACUCCUGCUUCCAGGAGAACAUGAUCAAGAAGUGUGGCUGUGCCUACAUCUUCUACCCUAAGCCCAAGGGAGUUGAGUUCUGUGACUACCGAAAGCAGAGCUCCUGGGGCUAUUGCUAUUAUAAACUGCAGGGCGCCUUCUCCUUGGACAGCCUGGGCUGUUUCUCCAAGUGUCGGAAGCCUUGUAGUGUGAUCAACUACAAACUCUCUGCCGGCUACUCACGGUGGCCAUCUGUGAAGUCCCAGGAUUGGAUCUUCGAGAUGCUGUCCUUGCAGAACAAUUACACUAUUAACAACAAAAGAAACGGAGUUGCAAAGCUCAACAUCUUCUUCAAGGAGCUGAACUAUAAAACUAAUUCGGAGUCUCCUUCUGUCACGAUGGUCAGCCUCCUGUCCAACCUGGGCAGCCAGUGGAGCCUGUGGUUUGGCUCGUCCGUGCUCUCUGUGGUGGAGAUGGCGGAGCUCAUCUUCGACCUCCUGGUCAUCACACUUCUCAUGCUGCUACGCCGGUUCCGGAGCCGGUACUGGUCUCCAGGACGAGGGGCCAGGGGUGCCAGGGAGGUGGCCUCCACUCCAGCUUCCUCCUUCCCGUCCCGUUUCUGUCCUCACCCUACAUCCCCACCACCUUCUUUGCCCCAGCAGGGCAUGACCCCUCCCCUGGCCCUGACAGCCCCUCCACCUGCCUAUGCUACUCUAGGCCCCAGUGCCCCUCCACUGGACUCUGCGGCGCCUGACUGUUCUGCCUGUGCCCUGGCGGCGCUCUGAGAGAGGAGAAGGAUCCUCUCACCCAGCCCUGAGCUCCCUUGUAAACUGAUGGAUAUCUCACUUCAGCACAUCUUCCCCAGCGGCCCCGCCGAGCCCUCUGUGGUGUGCCUGCCUGAGGGAACAGGCUGAGUAAGGGGCCCAGGAAGCCGUCCAGAGGACAGGGGCUAACGAUCUGCUCAGAGCUGCCCUGCCCCUGCUUCUGAACACUGCCUUCCACACAAGCACAGACAAGUUCCCUCUUCCCUCGGAUCAGCCCAGCCAGACUUGGAGCUCUGACAAGGAACUUUCCUGGGAGAGGACCAAGGAACAAAUAGAACAGCCAUCGCACUCCUACCCCCGUGACCAGAGGCUGGCCUGGCCUCACUGCCUUCAGGGACACUGAUGUCUGCUCCUCUCCUUGAACUUGGGUGGGGAACCCCACCCAAAAGCCCCCUUGUUAGUUCUUUGGCAAUUCCCCUCCCCUCACUCCUCAGGGUGGGGACUAGAGUAAGACAGACCAGGGUAGGCCUGGUGUUCUCUCUCAUUCUCAAGACUCUCUCAUUUGAUACACCAUACCCCAGUGCCUCUGUGGUGUUGUCUCCUUCUUUCUGUUUCCUCAGCCUGGAAGCUUCUUUCACUGUCCCUCAGAACACACAGUCUAUGCAUCCCUUAGAAACCUGCCCAAAGGCACCAUUUCUUUUGUGAACUCAGUUACCCUGUUAUGUCUCCCCCAGAAUUGUCGCCCUCUCCCCUCACCCCCACAGUGUACUGUAUUAUAUGUUCACAUUCUUUUGUGUCUGCCUCCCUGGGUAAACUGAGCUCCUUGUGUGGUCAGGGAUGAGAUUUGCUCUGUUUUGUAUCCUUCCGGUCUAGCCCAGUCUCCCACUUGGGACGGGUAGGCAGGUACUCAAUAAAGGCUUGUUCCAUCAAA